AUGGAUUUGAGAGUCGGCAAAAAGUACCGCCUCGGCAAAAAGAUCGGCUCGGGCUCUUUCGGCGAUAUUUAUUUGGGCACAAACGUGAUUUCGGGCGAAGAGAUUGCUAUCAAGUUGGAGAAUGUGAAAGCCAAGCACCCCCAGUUGGAGUAUGAAGCCAAGGUCUACAAGGCUUUGAGCGGUGGUGUUGGCAUUCCGUUUGUUCGCUGGUAUGGUACUGAAUGUGAUUACAACGCCAUGGUCAUUGAUCUCUUGGGCCCAUCGUUGGAGGACCUAUUCAACUACUGCAACCGCAAGUUCACGUACAAAACCGUUUUGCUUUUAGCCGACCAGCUCAUCUGCAGAAUAGAGUACAUCCAUGCACGCUGCUUCAUUCAUAGGGAUAUCAAGCCCGAUAACUUCUUGAUGGGAACUGGCAGACGCGGGUCUCAAGUAAACGUCAUUGAUUUCGGGUUGGCCAAGAAGUACAGAGAUCCAAGGACCCACGCGCACAUUCCUUACAGGGAGAACAAGAACUUGACUGGCACUGCCAGAUAUGCCUCGGUGAACACGCACUUGGGUAUCGAGCAAUCAAGAAGAGAUGACUUGGAGUCUUUGGGGUACGUCUUGAUCUACUUCUGUCGUGGAUCCUUGCCUUGGCAAGGAUUGAAGGCGGCCACCAAGAGACAAAAGUACGACAAAAUCAUGGAGAAGAAGAUGACUAUUCCAAACGAUGUGUUGACCAAAGGCUUGCCCGACAAGUUCUUGGACUACAUGAACUACGUCAAGAACUUGAGAUUCGAAGAUAAGCCAAACUAUGCAUACUUGAGAAACUUGUUCAGAGACUUGUUCAAGAGGGAAAACUACAGAUAUGACUAUGUCUUUGACUGGACGUUGUACAAGUUCCAACAGGAUAAACAGAAAGAGGAAGGCAAAGGGGGAGAGGGCCAAGCCGAGCAGAGCCAGGGUCACCAGCAGAUCCAGCAGCAGCAGAUCCAGCAGCAGCAGAUCCAGCAGAUGCAGCUACAGCACCAGCAGCAAAGCCAAAUACACGCAUCACCCCCAAAGAUGAGCUCUGAAAUGAAUUCGGCCGUCCAACAGAUGACCGUUUUGGCCGGGCCCGGGCAUCCCGACAAGGCAGGCGUGCAUCUGGCGUCGCAAGUGGCCCAGUUGGGCAGUGGGCGUUUUGCGGACGCAACGUUCCACCAGUCCUACGACCACGAAGGGUCGCCCCAGCGCGGGCACAGGCCCAGCAACAACCAGGCAUGGAUUUGA